GGACUAUUAUUAGAAGCGUCUCCCACUCGCUCUAUUCUUGAGCAUGAAACCCAUCUUCGAGCGCAGAGUCAGCUCAGGCUCCAGGCGUUCUGUAAGCUCUUAUGCUUGCUUUGCCAACAAGUAACGGUGGUGAUCCAGGGCAUGUGUUGGCAUUGCGAGGGUCCUCCUUUGCUGUGGUACCACGGUCUCUCAUAUCUUCCACGAAGUCAAUAUUAUUAUAAUGUCAUGCAACCUGGCUUGAUGUCUCCGGGAGUCCCGAGGAGUCUAAUUUUGGAAACUCGCCGUGGAGAUUACUAUGGCGCCAGUACUCACCUAUGCCAUAAACCAUCGAGUUCAACCGGGGAAUUUGGAGAGCAAGCGACAGACUUGUAACCUGGAAAAGAGGGCUCCAAAUGAACGGUCACCGCCAGUCGCUAGCUCUCAAAUUCCACACUUGUGCCAACCAAUGUCCAAAAGCGCAUCAUCAUCAACCAUAUAGAAGCACAGCAGGCGCGGAGGGGCGACCUAGAACUCGAAAGAGAACAGCUGUUAGGUGCUCUGGAACAGACAGAGUACAGUCUCAUCGCAGCAUGAUCUCGGAUUUCUAUGCGACUCUUUCUCCGGUGAAGAGAAUUCCCGACGAGGCCCUUGCCCUCAUUUUUGAACACCGUCUACCAAUGAGGUCUCCGGACGAUCCAUUCACCUUUCUCGGCCGUGCCCGUGAUUUAACACUAGUACAGCUGGGGCUCGUAUGCAGCUCUUGGCGUGGGGCCGCACAUGCCUCCCCUCGGUUGUGGUGCAAUGUGAACCUUUAUAUCCAUGAAACGUCAUCGAGAAUCGACGCGGAUUCGCCGCUCAGGAUCUUAUCUUCCGCUGUCGCUCACCCUGUGGUGCCAACUAGAGUCGGUAUGUGAUGGUCUCAGUGAUGUUUUUGACGCCGUUGCUCUACAUGCUCCACGAUGGCGAACAAUAGCCCCACUCAAUUACAUUUUAUUUCGUGCAAGCAAUAUACAUCUCAUUUGCGAGUGACAGCCAGUGGGAACGGAACAGAAAUACAAGAAA